UUUGGGUUCGGGCGGCUGUCGCUGCUGCUGAUGGUCGCGGGGCUUCUCGGGAGGGUUAUGCACGCCGCGCAGCCCCGGCCGCCUGCGCAGGAUGCCGAGUUUACGUUCCUGCUGCCGGCCGGGAAGAAAGAGUGCUUCUAUCAGGUCGCGCUGGGCAAUGGCUCCAUGGAGAUCGAGUACCAGGUUAUUGGUGGGGCUGGGCUGGAUGUUGACUUCUCUUUGGAGAGCCCUUCAAGCAUUUUGCUCAUCGAUGAGUACCGGAGAUCAGAUGGGAUGCACACCAUUGAGCCUACUGAAGGGGGUGACUACAAGCUGUGCUUUGACAACACCUUCAGCACUAUCUCAGAGAAGCUGGUGUUCUUUGAGCUAAUCUUUGACAGCCCCCAGGAAGAUGAGGAUGUGAAUAACUGGGCAGAUGUGGCAGAACCAGAAGAAAUGCUUGACAUUAAGAUAGAAGAUAUUAAGGAAUCUAUUGAGACCAUGAAAAGCCGCCUGGAGAGAAGCAUCCAGAUGCAGGCACUUCUACGAGCCUUUGAAGCCCGAGAUCGAAAUUUGCAGGAAAGCAACCUGAGCCGGGUCAACUUCUGGUCAGCUGUCAACCUCAGUGUGCUGCUGCUGGUGUCAUUUCUUCAGGUGUAUAUGUUGAAAAGCCUCUUUGAGGACAAGAGGAGAGUCUGGACGUAGCAGCAAGAGAAACUGAUCCCCUCUCCUUCCUGUGUGGGGCCAGGGAUCCACACCCACAUUGCCAAUGCUCUGUACUGCCUAAAAUAGGUGCCAUGUCCUGUUCUCUUGACAGAACACAUUAAAAUAUUACAGCCCAGAUAAGCAAAGGUUUAGGGUGGGAACAUGGAACAUUUUAUGUGGUGAUGGAAAAGGGCAAGGUAGCAGCUUGUCAAAACUGAAAGCAGGAAAGAGGGCGUGGAAGAAAGGGAACGGUUGGCAGCAGCCAGCAAGCAAGACUAGUGGCUGAUUUGUGUCUCAUAAAGUCAAUAACCCCUUCUUCUGUAGCGAAGGGUGGGGUGUCUCACUAAAUAUUUUGAGUUGCAACAGUACUUGUCCUGGGGCCUUCAACUCAGACAUUCUACAUUAGACCUCAUCUAUGUGUGCCUUAACUACCCCUGCCUCUCUGGCUACUUGCCUUUACUCUUUAUUCUUGAAUGUCCUUGCUGUAAGAGGUACCACAGUACUUCAGUCAUUUAGCAAGUCCCCUGAGCAAUUUUAUCUCCACCCUCCACAGUUUUGUACUCCAUUAUCUCCAGUAUGUCUAUAAUGUGGGGUAUAGGAAACUGCGUAAAUCUUUGUGCCAGUACUCACCAGUCAGUGAAAGAUGGAAUAGCCUGAUACUGUUCUCAACUGGAGUGAGUAUGCCCCAGUCCAAAAUUCUGAUUGCCAACAGACAAUAAGCCAAAUGUCAGAAGGUUGUUUGCCUGGAAAACUAUGAGCUUUCAAAGACCAGCUCUUUAGAUAUCUUUAAAUGUUACCUGUGAAGAACAGGCAAACUGAUUUUAGAGAACUGAUCUACAUUAUGUUGUAUCCACUGUUUUUAUUCAUGUUGCACCCCUGCCCUUAACUUUAUACAUUCUUGGGGGCAGAUUCCUUUUAGAUUGGGGCUUUGUUCUUUUCUCGUAGUAGAGGUGUUCCGAGAGCAUUGGGUACCCAGUUUCUAAUAACAUCUUUCAGACGUGCAGUCAGAUCUCAUUUCCCCCUUAAGUUCAUAGUGUGCUUAUGACUGCUCUUCUGGAUCCAGACCUGACUUUUGGUAGCUGCAUCCCAGAGUUGGUUGUUUUCCUGAUCCCAGAGCAACUCUGCCUGUGCUGACGUAUCUGAGGCUUUAUUUGGAUUUCAUCACCUCAGAGAAUGCCUGGCAUUAAUCUGAGGGGCUGAUGGCACUGACCCCUUAGAAUGAAUCCAAAAGCGUCCUGUGGUUUAAUGAAUGGAACUUGCGGGCUCCUAGAUCUGUUUGUUACCUGAGUUGGGUUUCAUCAGGACAUUUUGUUCCCUUGGAAGCAUAAUGUAUGAGGAAGGCCUCAUUGCAUGUUUCCCCUUUGCUAUCAGCAAAGAAGCUAUGGAAGGUGCUAUCAGAGAGAGACUGUGGUGGAAGCAUGGGUCACCUAGGCCUUUGGGAUUCAUAUUUUGUUUGGGGAAUCAAUGGCUUUUUGGGUCAGGUGACUUUAGGCUUGGCAUCAAACACAUCAGCAUUGUAACAGCAGACACAGCGCAGGGGUGAAACCAGCAUUCUAGGAAGUCACCAGCUGUCCUUUACUGCUUACCAGCUAUGAAAGAGAAGACCAUCAUGAAACUGACUAAACUUGAGGUUAAAGUUUACUAUUUAAAAUAGGACAUAGCACAGAACUGAGAGAAAACAAAUAGUAAAAACAGCACAUUCCUCUACUGGCCCACUCAUAAGCAAUGGAAGCUCCAUUUAGUUCGACUGGGCUUUUUUUCUUUUUUUGAGUACAUAUAAAAAGGAUAAUUUCUUGUAUUUUAUGCAGCUAUUCUCUCCUAGCAUUUCAAAGAAACAUGGCAGUCUUUAUAUUAGCGAAGUCAGGAUAUUUUCUUGUUCUUUUUUCCUGCAACACCUAAUACUGAGUAAUUCAUUCAGGCUGCAAUCCUGCAUGUUUAGAC